GGAAGAUGUUCAUAUUGUUCGCUGUUCAAGCUGGCACAACGAUGGCAUGCGAAUCCUACAAAGCUCUGCGCGCUUGGCGUGCUCCCACAUGAGACUUUUCGUCCUGCAGUCAGUCAAACUAAUUGCGUAUUACGCGUGGCCGUGAGAUUGUCUGCCGAGGAACGCUCCAAUUGACCGAUGAGAAACGAAGCUCUGGACGGCCCAAGAAUGGAGCAUUGGAACACUCAUGACGCAUGUGCCAAGGCGCCCUCUUCGACAUCACCUCACACACGAGCGUAUUUCAGGUCCGUCCUGACUGGCUUGACACGAUAACAUUGCGAAGAACGAAGAAGGAAGGUACACGCAACGACGAGGUUGUUGUCAUGAUGACUUGGAGUCAGUGGCCCAGAAUCGCGGUGCAUCCCCUUCUACCAAAUACAUACCAGAAACACUGAGAUUGGAUUGAAAAUCGCGACAAGAUGCGCAUCUCUGCCCACUUAGCUCGAUGGCGAGGCUGUGCAACCCAACUUGGCGCUCCCGAUUGGAGCAUGCAGAUGCAGGCCCAGCUCAUGGCCCUGACUGCCAAUUUUUAGCUUGAUGACAACUCGAGCACCUCUGCACCCAAACCAUACCCCGGCCUACGGUAGGAAAGAAUGAUGCUGCCUGAUGCCACAGACUUUAAGAGUCCGUGACUCGGGCUGCCAGUCGAUGGGGGAUGGGCCAGAGCGAUCGGAAGCCUCCAGCGCGCGAAGAAUCUUCCGCACGCCUUCACGCGCAAGGGCAAGAAAGCAUUUGUGGCACUACUACUAUGGCGUGGACGUCUCAAUGGACCGCGACUAGCCGAGGACGAGUAAGAACUUGCACAUCCUGCCGACAGACAAAAGUACGCCCCUGGCCUGGUCUCUUCAACUUAGGUGGCAGCGCGGCUUACGGUGCGAACAAGGUUCGAUGUGAUGCUGCGGCAAGGUUUCCGGCUGCCUGUUCCAGGUGCGAGUUGAAUGGACUCUCCUGCAGGAUCGACUCGAAUUUCAGACGGGUCAAUGUCGGACUGUAUGGGUCUUGUUCGUGGGGGAGAAGAUUCCAAGGACCUGUACUAACAUGGACGGACGGGUGAUUCUAGUCGGCAAGCAGAGAUGGCGAGGCAAGACAACGGCGUGCUCAACGACAUCGCGCAUUCGGCGCCAGAAUCCUUGUCUGCAUUUUCUUCCGAGACUAUGCCGGACGAUGCGAGCGAUGCGCACUCAGACGUCUCCAUUGGCGCAGAUUGGUUGCAGCUGUCUGACGCGGCAACCGGACAGCAUUUGAGCUGGUACCUGGGCGAUGUUGUGCUUGGCUACCGCAAUGUCUCGGAGCUGCUCAGUUUGUGAGUUGCUCAAGAACACCGAGAACGGCGCAGAAACGAAAUUGAUGCACAGUAAACAGCUACGCACACCACUACCACCCGCACUUGCCCAUGCUCGACAGAGUUACAUCUGUGGCAGACUUUCACGACUCCAAUGUCUUCCUGUUCUGGACGGUGCUGCGUGUUGCGUCUUAUCGACAUCCCACAUUCAAUCAUGUGUUCCAACUGACCUCACAGCCCUAUGAGCAGUUGCUGACGACGCACCUCCUCUCCCCCAUCCGAGACUUCAGAACGAUCCAGGCUAUUCUCAUAUUCUGUCACUGGCCCAAUACAGGAUCACACCAGAGCCGAGACCCAAGCUGGCAAUAUUGCGGCAUUGCCAUGAAUGCGGCGUUGCAGAUGGGCCUGGAUCAGCGACAGCCGGAAAUGCUGUAUCCCGGGAUCGGCGGAACGACCAACGUCCAUCAGAUGAGCGUGUUCUCGCGGCGGAUGACCUGGCUAACCUGCUUCAACACCAGCACAAGUCUUAGUGUCUGGCUUGGGAUACGGCCACACCUCUCAUCGCCUUCACAGCUGAACGCGACUUCAUCAAUGGCAAAAGAGCCAAACGUCCCGCGGUCCUUCCUGGUGCAGGUUGAAAUCCAACGUCAAGUCGUGCAGUAUUCCAAUGCACUUUCCGGCUACGUCGACAGCGGCACAUGCUGCACACUCCAGAACCUGUUCAACAACGAACUCGACACUCUGUGCUCAGCCUACGGGGACGUUUGGUCUCCGAGGCUGGAGAUCCAGCACCUCGGCGCCAAACUAUACCUUCUCUCGCUGUGUCUCACCGUUACAUCCCGAAGGCGGAGUCGUCCCGGAGACCUCGACAGGACCUACGCCACGGACUUGGCUCGAGUGUCCAUCCAACUCGGCCUCCCUUCAGCGGUGUCCUUGAUCCACACCAUCUCCCAACUGAACAGAGAGUCUGCGACGCCAGGACAUCGACAGGGCUUGGUCGUCCACUAUCCGAAGUUCUACUUCCGACUCGUCGUGUUCGCCGUGGUCUUUCUGAUGAAAUUCCUCCGCGCCGCGCCGGGAGCCGCGCGGGAAGACCGAGAACUGGCCUCCUCCCACAUCGCCACGGCGCACCGGCUCUUCGCGAGCUUUGGCCCCGCGCGGGAUUUCGUCCGGGUCGCCGAGGUGAUGGCGGACAUGGCGCGGAAUCUCGGGGUCGACGACGCGCCGCGGGACAGUGCGGAUGCGGUCGAGACCAGACUGGGUGCGUCGCUGCUGUACGACACCAUGGGCAGACUGAGGGGUUCCUCGAGACGAUCGGGCGAAAGCGACGACGGGUCUGCUCCCUCGGCAGCAUCCGCCGGUAUCGAGGCCAGGGGGUCCGAUGAUGCUGGAACCGUCCUGCACAAUGCCGCAGAGAUGGACUUUUCCCUUUGGUGUUCGCCGGGCACUAGCAGCAACGCCGUGUCAGAGCCGCAGCCGAAUCUGGAGGAUGGACUUGACUGUUUUCGCUGGAUGUCAGACGACAUGCUCGCCGAGAUGCUGAAUUUGUAAGCUCGCGGUAUCGGUGUCUCAGAGACGAAGGAGCAGGAUUGGUACAGUGUAAGUGCAUGGGUUUAGGGCCCCAGCGAGGUAAAUCUUGUAACUUUGGCAUUUUCCACCAACACCAUGUCCUGUCAGGUGUGUGAUUUGAUCCCGCAUCUAUGAAAACAAAUUGGUAUCUCAAGAUCUGUUUUACCCAGGUAACGCCGUUCAUGAUCAU